AUGUGCCAGCAAUGGGGAACUGGUCCUUAUGAUGAGGAACGAUGCGCAGAAUGCCCUUUCAAAGUUAUUCCUGUCGAGAAGUUGCCCGGUAUGUUAUACUAUGCGAGUUACUGUCUACACAUAGUAGAGCUGAACGAGACCACGGCUUGUCAAUAUGUUGAUCCAGCUGAUGACUGUACUUUCUAUUACCUUUACUACUAUGACGAAGCUACUGACAACGCUACAGUUUGGGUCCGCGAGCACAAAGAUUGUCCACCACCAGUUCCGGUGCUAGCGAUAGUUUUGGGAGUGAUUGCUGGCAUAGUUAUUCUUGGUAUUAUUCUACUUCUCGUCUGGAAGCUACUUACGGUGCUCCAUGACCGAGCAGAAUACGCCAAAUUCAACAACGAACGACUCAUGGCGAAGUGGGAUACG